GACGCUUCUCCGGCCUUCAGUGAGGAGGACCGACACCGUGACAGUUUGUUCCAGUGUGUCACUCUUAUCUUCGGCGCCAGGGUAUCCAGCUUCCAUUGUGCGCGAGCAGCCGGCUUGCUGCUUCGCCUUCUGAAGUGCUUUGUCAAUGUUCGCCAUUCCGGCCUUAUUUACGUUCAAGACUUUCUCUCGAUAUUUAACCGUUUGUCCGCCCCGCUUUGGGCUUCCGUGAUCGUCGCUCUUCUUCUCUGUAUCAAGGUUUCGAUGAGAACCCGGACCUAUGGCAGCGGCUCUGUGAUGGUGUUGACGCGAGCCUGGUGCUCGCUCGGUCCGUCGGAGUUGCCGCUCUGUCGCCUGGCUCUGGUCCUCUGCGAGUGGUCAUACCCGAAUUCCGACACGUUUGGGUUCCCCCUCGUGGGCCUCUUGCAGACUAUCCGAUUCCUCUCGCGAGGUGCCCUACUGCUGAUGCUGCAUCAGCUUCUUGGAACAGGGCCUGAGCAUGGCUAUUCCGUCCGUAUAGAUCAUGUUCCGGGCAUUUCCAGCGAGGUGUUUCAGGUGGAUCGGACCGCGUGCCGUUGCGUGAUUGUCCUUGGGGCGGUUCCCCUGGCGGGCCAAGUGUGCGGCUCGAUGUUACUUGGUCCGACCGCCCACGAACAGGAGCCGGUUCCGACCGUUGCUGCCAACUACGAAGACCGCAAGCGCAGCUUCCAGGACACGGACACCCUUUGCCGAGGCCAGGGCUUGCAGUUCGUUCCCCUCGUUGCCGAAGCCACUGGGGGGGGCUGGGGUCCGACUGCGGUCAAGACCUGGCGUGAGCUUGGCGGGCUUUAUGCCGCCCGCCUUGGCCUGACAGCCAGCGAGGGCACAGAGCAGCUUCUCCAGUCGCUCAGCGUAACGCUGCAGCGAGAAAACGCCCGGGCGGUUCUCCGCCGCCUGCCCGAGGCCGGCGAGGAGGGCCGCGGGCCUCUUUUGGAGCCGUGA